CACACACUGGAGUUCAGCAAUGAUUCAGUUCACAGUCAGCAAUAUGUAGAUUUUUACACAAGCGAGAAAGAGAGAAAUCAUUAGCUGAAUGAUCUUGUACUUGUGCUGAUUGAUUAUGUGUCACCAGUAUUGUUAUGUGCUAGUAGCAUAUUUUCCCACACUAGGCUGAAGUAUGAUUGUAUGUGUGGUUUGUACUGGAAAGUACUUUUUUCAUCAUUGAAGUACGUUCUAACCCAUUGAUGUGCAUUGUUCACAGUGGACAGUUGCGUAUGUUGCUCAAAAUUGUAAAUUCUGAAAAGAAUGUUGGCAUGUUUCAUGUUAAAUCCCACACAGUUGCCUGAUAAUUCAUUCAAUUUGCCGCUCUGAAUCCCGCGAAUCCUUGCGUAGAGUGCAGACAAGGGUGUGAGGAAACUCUGGCUGGGAUUGGGAUCCCUGUGUGUUUCGCCGUUGCUAGGAAACCAUAUUCUCGUUCGUAAAAAAAAAAACAUUCCUACACAUGAAGACGCGGGAGCCUUCGAAUGUGCUUGUACGGUAAUAUGGGGGGUAAUAUGUCUGUUUCCCUGUGGUUUUGUAUGGUUUUGUUUGUAAUUUGCACUGCUUGGAUUGUAUGAAAUUAUACAGAAUUUCACAAUUAAACUGUGUGGAAUCCUGAAAGACAAAUGCAAACAUUCCAAAUAAAUCUUGAAGUUAAUUAAAUUCCAACUGAGUCUCAAGAAGGAUCUUGAGUAGGCUAUCUAACAUCGCAAUGUAGCAGUUUCUGGUUCCUGUUAGACGUUCCUAAGACGAGAAAAAAAGUAUAUAAAUGGCACACACAUAGCCUACAUCUGAGGAGACUAUGGCCAAUAAUGACUGAAGAAUAAGCCUUAAUGUGUAUUAUAGUAUGUAUGUAAUGCCUUCUUAUGCAUGUAUUUCAAGCGUAUUCACUGUGCAGUCGGAAACAAAUCUGUUAACCGUAGACUAUGGCAAACGAGACUCAGUUUCCAGGACAACGCUCAUUAUAAACACUCGAGCAGAGAGAUCUUGCAAUACUCUGUCAGGCAGUGGGCAUGGUUCAUCUUCCAGUUGUUGUGCAAACUAUUCUGUGCGAGAUCAAAGAUAUUCUGACGUGUCUGUUCAGUUUGAUUGUUUGUGUGUGUGUGUGUGUGUGUGUGUAUGUGUGCGCCUGUGUGUUUGUGAUGCCAUUCUGAUUUGGCAGAUAUGGAAGAAAGCAACUACAAUGGGCAAGCAGGAGAGGAUGGUGAAGAUACUGAUGAAUUGCUUUGCACAGGUGCCGAACUAACCUUGUUUUCUCAUGCAUGGAGUUCCUCCAGGUAUGCUCAGCCUUGUACACGCAUCAGUGCAUCCAACCUCUGUUAUGCCCUCACAGAUGAAGCUUAUAAUGGGCGCUUGGCAUCUUCAGCACUACCACGGGACCACUGUGACCUGUUGCUGGACGCCAUUGAUGCUGAACUGAGUCGCCUUCAAAGUCAGAAUCUCAGCCAUGAUGGAAACUUUAAGACAGAAGAUGUGAAGGGAUUAGCAUAUCUAUGCGGAAGUCCGUCUCUGAGUAAGGACACUGGCCUGGGGAGCACCAGCCCUACGAACGAUAAAGAGUACCAGGACGCACCCUCCCAUGGGCCUGAGGGCACACCUCCCAUCAGGUCACCUUCCAAGGCCUCUGGUGGUUGGAAAGACUCAGCACGACGCUCAGAGAGAGAGGGGAGCAGUGUGACGCUGGACUCCAGGACGGAGCAGUGCCACUGGAGGCUGGAGAGACUGCUGGGGAGGGCCGACAGAGGGCCACUGAUCUCCACACCUCCAGCCCCAGACAGCGUCUGCACAGAAGACUUCACGGAGCGCUUCAAGGACGAGACUGUGGACCUGGACGAGAAGAGCAGGACUGAGUCUUCCCGAUCCACGCCACAUGAUACCGCUGCUUUGUCUGGGCCUCCCAGCAACACUGGUGCCACAGAACCUGCCGCUGAAAACACGAGCCUUCCUCUGGGAACUAACGUCAGAUACCUGGCAGGAGUACCGGUGAAAUAUUUUGAUGCUGUGACCAUAGACAGCGACCUGGACUCGGUGCGCACAGAACAAGUCCACAGACACCUCCACAGGUCCUUCAGCCACAGGAAAGCCACUAAAGCUGUUGAACAAAUGGACAGCAUGUGCUCUGACCACAGCGGUUGUGACACACAGGCGGAAGAGGGGAGCCAGCAGUACGGUACACUGGCCUCAAGGGCCACUGUCAGCUCCUGUGGACGUCAACGCAUAGAAAACUCAUCUCACUCCAGAGGACAGAUGUUUAGUUCUGAUGAUAAUAGUGAAGAGAGUGAAUCUUUCCAGCACUCCAGAAAUGGCCAUAAAGGAACAAGACACCCGAGCAGCACUCACAGAAGACCGAGAGCUAAUCGGGUUAAACGAAUUCGAGGAAACAAUUUCUCCUCUGGGUGGAUGGAGGAGCAGGUGACCGGGAGACGACUCUUAGAGGAAACACUGUCUGCUCUCAGAAAGGCCAACGAGCGGGAGGAGAAUACAUUGGUCAUGAAAAGAGCUCAGCUGUGUGAAACUGAGCAGUCUCUGACUGAGCUUCUGCAACAACGACAGUGUGUGUCGCAGCAGCUGGAGCUCCUGAGGCUGGAGGUUGAGCAGAAUGAGAGGGAUGGCCAGUGGUUUCAGGCCAGCCUGAGGGACAACACGGCCCAGGCAGACGCCUCCAGGCGUGAGCUGCAAAGGCUGCAGAGCCAGAGGGACUCCUGUCAGCUGGAGGUCACAGCUCUGCAGGAGGAACUGGACACCCUGCAGAGGAGCAGGACUGUCCUGCAAGAGGGAGGAGAGACCAGGAGGCUGAGUGGCAGUGUGUCUGUGCUGGAGAGGGAGGCGAUGGACCGACUGCUGGAGAAUGCCAAAUCCGCCCUGUUCACAGAACAGCGGCGCUUCAGACACACUCUCGACUCCAUGUCCGAAAGGCUGGACGAGGCUCAGCAGGAGUUAGACCAGAGAGAGGAGGAGCUGAGGACUCUGAGGAGGAGGUGCACAGAGCUGGAGGCGCAGCUCACCGACACCAACAGACAGAGGGGGGAGCAGGAGGAGCACUUGCAGAGACAGCUGAAGGACCAGGAGGGGAGGGUGGGGGCCCUGGAGCGGAUUGUGGCCCAGAAAGAGGUGCUGCUGCUGGGUGUGCAGGAGCAGAAGAGCGCCCUUCAGUUGGAGCUCGGCUCUCAGAAGGAAGAGUGUCACAAACAAUGCACCCAAAUUCAGGAGCACGGAGAGCGUGAAAAGGAAGUGGCAUUGGAGGCACAGGGGUUGCAGUUAUCUUUGGCCCAUGAGAAAGAGCUUCAACAGGUCCGUCUUCAGGGGCAGGAGGUGAAAUCAGCAGCUCUGAGAGAACAGGCCCAGUCUCACACACAACGCGUGGAGUCGCUUGAGAGCUGCAUCCAGCUGAAGGAGGAGGAGGUGAGGAGGCUCACAGAGACUCAGGAGAAACAGGAGGAGGCCAUGGGGAGGCGUGAGAAGCAGCUGAGAGGAGAGACUGAGGAAAAGGUGCAGCAGGCCCUGAAGCAGGAGCAGAGGAGGUGGGAGGAGCAGAGGGAGGUGACGCUGCAGGACCAGUGGAGGAGGAUGAAGAGGGAGGAGCAGGAGGCUGUGGAGAGUGUGCGCGCAGAGGCGGAGAGGGAGAGGCGGAAUGCGCUGGGCCUUCACAGCAAAGUACUGGAGCUGCAGACCAAGGUGCAGACACUGGAGGACAAGCUGUGUCUGCAGCAGAGGGAGCAGUCGUCUGCGCAGGCGGCCGUGACACAAGCUCUGAGAGAGGAGCAUCAAGCGGAGCUACAGAGGCUGCGCAGACAAACAGAGGAGGAGGCGCAGAGAGAGGGUUUGAGGUUAAGACACGUUCUCCAGCAGUCAGAGGCGCAGCUGCAUUCCUCGCAGGUGACACGUGCAGAGCAGGAGCAUGACCACCAGAUGGUGCUGGAGAGGCUUGAACAGCAGCAGCGGCGCUGGGCUCGGGACCUGCAGGUGGAGUGCCAAAACCUGCAGGUCAUGCUGGGAAAUGGAGAACACACAGAGCUCAUUGGAAACACACUGCUCAGUUAUACCUUAGGCCAGGCAGUGGAGAUGGUACCGACCCUUAGACAGCAGUUCCAGAAAUUAAUUACCGGGCUUCAGCAAGAGUUGGAGUUACAGAAACACACCAACCAGAAAAUAGGACAGGACAAGGAACACGAGCUUCAUCUUCAGAGAGAGCAGAUGCUUCUGGAGAAGGAGAGAGCCCUGCAGUCGCUGAGGGAGAGACUCAUCCAAGAACACAUUGAGGAGCUGAGUAUCCUGAACCGCUCCCAGCUGAGGGGGGCUCCAGAGGGGAGCGUGAUGGACUCCUUGAGGCGGCAGCUGAGGGACAAGGACGAGGAGCUGCGGCACGUGCAGAGGAGCAUGGGCCAGUGGAAGGAGAAGACCGCCGCACGGCUGGCCCGUAAGUUUGAGGAGGAGCUGACGUCCGAACUCGAGAGAUGCAAAGCAGACAUACUCAGGAGAAGAAGAACUCCAAGAGUGUGUUCAGACCGGGAGAAGAAGCUUCAGCGUCUAGAAGAGGAGAUGAGGCAGCUUACCAUGUGUGCCGACUUGGAAAACAUGCCCUCAGCCACACCUCCAUCCUCCAAGUCCGCAGAUCCCCCAGCUACUCUCCGUUCUCAGGAUCUGGCUUCCUACAAGCUGCUCCGUCACCUGCAGAGUCGCAUCCGACAGCUGCACGCCGAGAACCGACCCCACAAGCACAGCCCUCCUCACCAGCCCAGCAGACCUGCAGAGCUGGCUGGCUCCUACCUGGAAACGAUUCCAGCUACCCGGGAAAGCAGUUUUGUAGCAACACAGAAAUAAGGACGGUGCCCGGUUAAGACAUAUAGACAUCUUUUUCCAUUACAUGGCCUGUGUUUGCUAUGCACAAAUGGACAUUAUUUCCACUACUCAGUGACCAGAAAAAAGGUCCCUGCAAUGAAAUGGGUCCUCAAAACUAGGGUGUGUAGGAUACCAACAAUAUAGUUUAUUGGUGUCAGUGUUAACAAGUCAGAAAAAGGAAUAUUCCCUCAAAAAUGGCACAGAUAUAUAAGAGGUCAAAACAUUUCAAGAGGUAACCCAGUUCAUGUAACCUUGCUGAAAGGUUAAUGGCUUGGUGGUUACUUAGAAAAGCAUGUCAGCAAAUCCUCAGCAGUUGGAGCUGUACUGAUGUUUUACAGCUAGAUUAAAGGUUGAAGAUUGAGUGAGAUGUAUCUCCUUGUUCCUGCAAGGAAAUGUCUGUAUUCAGCAGUCAGGCCACCUGGUUGAGGUCAUCGUGACUUUACAUAUCCUCUCUCACAUGUUCACAUAUAGUUGGCUUAGUUUUAACUUUUUUUUCUUUCUCUAAAUCAGCACAUAAUUAACACAAACUGCCAAAUCAAUGUUUUUAUGUAUGCCUGUAGUACAAUACAUAACAUUUUUAUGAAUAAAAUUCACUGUCAAAUA